CCUGCUCGUGCUUAUGCUCUCUCUCUCUAUCUCAAAUAAAUAAAAUCUUUAAAAAGAAAAAAAGAAAUAACUUUGAGAAAGAAUAAGUCCCCUGCACUCAUUGUAGUAAGAAAAGAUUUUGGGGCUCCUGGCUGGCUCAGCUGGAAGAGCAUGUGACUGCUGAUCUUGGGGUUGUGAGUUUGAGCCCUACGUUGAGUGUAGAAAUUGCUAAUCAAUCAAUCAAUCAAUCAAUCAAUCUUUAAAAAAAAAAGAUUCUUGAUUUUAAUUGCCAGAUUUUUAAGUUACUGUAUUCUAUACAUAUCAGAGCUACUAAAAUCAGUAUACAUUAUUAGUAAAAAAAUCAGGCUCUUAAAUGGCAAUUUGAAAACUAGAUCUGUCUUCUCACCCAGCCUUUGCCUAUUGUAUAGUAGAACAAAUUAACUCUGAUUCAUGAAUUUUAUCUUUCAUAAUUUCUUAGGCCCUUUAAGUAAAUUUUUAUUGAAGAAAAUGAACAAAAAAGUACACAAAUUGUAGUUUAUGCCUGUCUUGAAAUUUAUCUACAAUAGUAUGCGUAGCUUUCUUAUCAUAUAGGCCCAUUUUAUAAGACAUUUUAAGUCACAUAUAUUUAAGAAUAUGGAGAGCAGGAAAUAUCUGUGUACUUUUCCUUCUAUGUAAUUAGAUAUUUUAUAUUGAUUACUAAAGUGAAGUCUAAGUAUUUAUGGAUUUAGAGUUCUGUCUGAAGUUUUUCUUUUUAUAUGUUUUUAAGGCUCCACGGUUCUUAAUGUUCUCAGAGGAGUCUUAGAAAUGGUAAUUGGUGUGGCAGUUGGAUCUCUUCUUGGAUUUUUUAUUCAGUACUUUCCAAGCAGUGGCCAGGACAAACUUGUGUGGAAGAGAGCAUUCCUUGUUUUGGGGCUGUCUGUGCUAGCUGUGUUCAGCAGUGUGUAUUUUGGUUUCCCUGGGUCAGGAGGUCUGUGCACAUUGGUCAUGUCCUUCCUUGCAGGCUUGAGAUGGGCCGGCGAAAAGACGGAGGUUGAAAAAAUUAUUGCAGGUGCCUGGUACAUCUUUCAGCCCCUUCUCUUUGGACUGAUUGGAGCAGAAGUAUCUAUUGCAUCUCUCAGACCAGAAACUGUAGGACUUUGUGUUGCCAUCCUGGGCAUUGCAGUAUUGAUACGAAUUUUGACUACAUUUCUGAUGGUGUGUUUUGCUGGUUUUAACAUCAAGGAAAAGAUAUUUAUUUCUUUUGCCUGGCUUCCAAAGGCCACAGUUCAGGCUGCCAUAGGAUCUGUGGCUUUGGACACAGCAAGAUCUCAUGGAGAGAAACAGUUAGAAGAAUAUGGAAUGGAUGUGUUGACAGUGGCAUUUUUGUCCAUCAUCAUCACAGCCCCAACUGGAAGUCUACUCAUUGGUUUGCUGGGUCCCAGGCUUCUCCAGAAAGCUGAACAUCAAAAUAAGGGUGAAGAAGUUCAGGAAGAGACCUCUAUACAAGUUUAGAGGUGAAAAGAGACAAUACUGAUGAUAAUGAUUAGAGAGCUGCUGCCAGAAACUUCUUUUACCAACUAGCAGAAGCUAUGUUACCUAGAUGCAUAUUGAGAUAUGUAGUGUUCGAACUUUAAAUGUAAUAGAACCAAAAGUGUGGUUAUUUCUUUAAAGAGCAUUUUUAGCCAUUAUUCUUUCCAUGUGGGUGGUAAUAUUCUACAUCUCCAACCUAAUCUCUUGACCUUUUUUUUUCAAAUACUUCUUCAUCAUGUUUCUGAAAUUGUUUAGUAAAAUGUACUUACCACAAUUUAAAAUUAACAUGGAAAAGAUCAAGUUCAGUAUCCUGUUCUACUAGCCAACAACUUGUUCUAACUUACUAUUACUGUCAUAGUUUCAUGAUUCAUGGUCACCUGAUCACUCAUGCCUUGAAAUGUUUUGGGCUCCUCUUUUCUUUUUUAUUUUUAAAUACCAUAAUGCGAUCCCUCAUCAGUUUCUACCCCCACUUUCUGUGCCAGUCUGCCUCUUCUCCAUUUAUACCUCUCUUGCUACCUUUCUGUGAAUUAUUGUAACCGAUUGGUCCCGCCACAAUUUUCAAGUAUGCGAAGUGUCUUCAUUGGUUCUUCCUCUUGCGCCUAUCUAAUGUCAAAAGACCUCUCCUUUCUCCCAGAUAGCAACACAGUCUCCCAUUUUAACAGCCCAUCUGAGUUUACCUUCCCCUAAGGAAUGUCCAGAUUCAGGCCUUUCUUAUUUGUUUCUUGUGACCCACAUCUUCAGACUCUUCCUUUUCUCUAGGUGAAAGAUAGCUAACUAUCAAAUCUAUGCCAACCUCAUAAAUGUAAUAUUAAUUAGAGUAAGGUAAACUGCUAUAAUGAAAAAACAAAAAAUAUAGUACUUAAAAUAGAAAUUUAUUUCCUUUUCAUGAAACCGGCUGACUGGUUGAUGCUGACAUGAUUACUCAGUUCAUGGGUUUGCUCAGAGACCCAUGUCCUUCUAUCUGGAGGCUCUGACGUGUCUUAAGCCCUAGCUUAAGACAUAGGUUAAAGAUGAAUCUCUCCCAUGUCUCCUUUCUAGACUUCAGGAAGAAGUGGAGGAGGUGAAUCCAAGGCAAGCAAUUUAUUUUUGACUAAGUGAUGUGGAAUUUGGCCACAUAUCUCCCCUUACAUUCUACUGUGAUGAACACACCCAGCUCUGAGGAGGUCUGAUAGUAUUGCUUCCCACUAAGCUUUCUUUGGUGAGAUUCAUAGGAUGAAGGAAAGAUCAGAUUUGGGAGACAGAGGUACUAUUGUAUCGAGUGCUACCAUCACUUAGUAGCGUAAUCUUGCAUGUUAACAGGCCUUCUAAAGAUAGUACCUUAAACUGAAAGAGUGAUUUCUAGUGGCAAGAAUUUCAGACAUUGAGGCAUGCCUGCAGAGAAGAUAGUAGAAGAAAGGCUUAUCUAUAUAUGUCGCAUUUUAUCCCACAUAUUCAACAGACCAUCUCUGCUUUUGUGUAGCCCUUUAAGUUCUUCUUGACUCUAGGUCAACUCUUGCUUAGUUGCUAGAAUAAUCAUGUUUGAAUAUAGUUCACAGCUUUUCUCAUGGUGUAUGUAUACCUGAAGCAUUUAUCACUUACUUGUCAUAUCCCAUCUAAACUCUUUAACCCAGAAUCCAAAGUUCAGUCUAAUCUUGAAGUAGAUAUUAAAUAUGUGUUAAAUGAAUAGAUUAUAAAUACUCUGAUCCUACCAAGCUGAUCUGCAUAAAGCCUAUCCUUUCCUCUCUUGUCCUUAGACUACUGUUCCAGGCCCUUUCUCCAUGACUCUCACCUCUGCUCAAAACCAGCUUAAUUUUUAUUAAGCUAACAUAAUAUUAAGCCAUAACAGCUUCAUUUUUACAUCAGCCUGGCUUUGGUUACUCUGUGGUACUGUGUUUUCUUCUAGUUUAUACUCUGUAUUUGGAUUGGAUUAAUUUACACCAAAAUUCAGAUAGAUAUUUCAAACUGAACUUAAUUGGUUAGGUGCACCUUGGUGGUAGCAACAUAAACCCAAAGCUCAUCUCAUCCUCUCCUUUGACAGGCUCUGAAACCAGAUUCAUUCAACAAAUACUCAGUGGAAGCUUUUGAUGACCUGGGCACAUCAUCAAAACUUUUAUUAUUCCUGCCCUUAAGGAUAUGACAGUCUGAUGGAGGAGACAAUUAAAUAAGAGAUUUCAAAAGAGUAUGAUAAGUGCUAUGAUGCAGGAAAUAUGGGAGUCCAGGAGGCUCAUAACAGGAGCACCCACCUCAUCCAGGGAUGGUGCAGUUUAGCACAACUUCCAGAAAAAGUAGGAUCUUGGCUAGGAUGUGGUGAAUGGUUAGGACUUAGACAGCAAAAGGCAUGUGACCCAGAAGGGUGCUGCAGUUAGUGCUAGGUCCCGCAUUCUCCAGUAGUUUUUGUCUGAGUAACAGGCUCCGAAUGCUUGUUAACUUAUACAAAAUACAGUUAGUAUGAGUAAAUGAGAAUGUUGUUAUAAAUAGUCAAUGCCCCAAAGAAGAAUGAGAAGUGGAAAUUCACAGUGUAGAAAUGGUGGUAGAGGCCAUUCAGCCACUGCCAAUAGUCUGUUCAUUUUGGAGAACAUGCAGCGAGUUCUGUCCUCCCUCUCCUCGGUUGGCAGCCACCAUCUAAAUCUCUGUAACUGUCCGGUAAGGGCCUGUGCAGGGCUCACCAUUGAAGUCUCAGGUUUAUCACCACGUUGUGAGUCACAGCUGUCCACUUGGUUGGUGAACUCAGAGUUAACUUGAUACAGAAUGUUGACUCAGGCCAACCAAAGCAACCCCACCCCCACCACAGAUAGAAACAA